AUGUCUGCUAUACGAAAAGGUGUACAACGACAACUCUUUCAAACAGACGAUGAACGUCUUCUGGCUAUUCUGCAUGUGAUACGGGUUGAUGGUCGUAAGAAGAAACGACCGACAUUCUUCUGUUUAGCUGUAACGAUUGAGCACCCAAUUUCUGUUCGUCUCUACUUUGUUAAAGGAGAGAAAGAUGAUUCGUUUAAGAAAAAAACUAGAUUCUACCUACGAGAUGUUAAGGAAGUGGAUGGAAUAAAUCCGAAAAAGGCUUUGUCUGAGUUUCAAAUCGUAAUCGCUGAUCGACGAUACAGUAUCACAGCAAGCAAUCCUGAGGAGAAGGAUGAAUUUAUUCGGGAAUUGUACAAAUUGUCAGCCCAGUAUCUUCCUGUGCAGAUGCCCGACUUUUGCAAUGUAUCGAUUCCAGUAGAUAAUCGAGAGAUAUCCAUACUUCCAAUUGAAGCUGUUGAUGAAUCCAAUACCAACUUUGUUCAUGAUUAUCAGCCGAUUAGCGCCAAAGAGGAGGCAGAUUUUAGAAGAUUACUUGCAAAGGGGGAACUUACUAUUGGUGAGGCUGAUAAAUUUGCCGAGAUUCUGUCAACUCAACUACAAUCUCUUGAUGGAGCAAAUAUUCAGUCAAUGAUGGGUAGCGAAGUAGCAGUAAAUCAAUUGCUUGUACUUUUGGAUGGAGCUCUUGAAAAGGUAGCAUUGUUGGAAAAGGAGAUCGACAUAUGCGAUGGGAUAUUAUCACAUGUGAGGAAUAGUGUGGAACUAAUUGAGGAGAAAGACAGCCUGUCUGCUGUCGAACGUAAGAAUAAGGAUAGAUUGCAGCAGGAACUGACCAAUUUUAUUACUGCUCUGGACACUGUCACCGAUAACCACAUUCGUACGUUGAGGGAGGCAAAUCUUAAUGACACAGGAAGCAUCGCUUGUUGUGCGGAAGCCGCGCGCGCUGUUUCACAGUUUUGGAAUGGAUGCAUUUCGAAACCCUUGUUGCAGAUGAAGGCAUACGAAAAUCGGAACCGUGACCUAGCUGUAAUCGAUCUCUUUGUAGAUCGAUUCAUGUCCCAUUUAUCAGCUAUAUUCAGUAAUCUUAAUGAUUUAUCACUCGGCCAGGAUUGGCAUCCGCUUUCUAUUCCGAAACAGUCACAACGGUUCCAUGCUCUCUCACCACUCUCCGAUCUCAUAAGUUGGUUGAAAACAAAUAGGCCCACACCUUACAACGCGACUAUUCAGCGAUACGUGGACUCAACAAAAGUGCUCUACAAACGUCAUUUCGAGACAUUCUUUGAUGCUGUUAUUGGGGAAUUGAUCGAGACGGUGUUGGGUGAGUUGGGUACGGUAAUUGAAACGGAGCAGAAGUUUUGUGUCCGAUUCUUCCAUAUAAAUUCCGAACUGCUUUCGAGUGCAGAAACAACAUCAACAGACAGUGGUGACAGCUCUAGCUUAGGGCGAAAUAUGGAGCGGUUUAUGAAUGAACAGGUUCGAAGUGUAAUGGCCCCACUUUUCGAAUCAUUAAAUUGUCAUUUGGAUAGGUUCUGUAAGGCAUUGUGUAAGCAGAAUGUAAGUAAUGUUAUGCUGCUUUUUAUCAUUAUGUCGAAGAAGGUGUUACUGCCACAGGAAUCUGGAUCAUACUAUUCUGUUACGUUUGGCACAUUUGUAGUGCUCAUUAAACGGCAAUUCGAUUUAUACAUGGAGACAGAAGGCCAAGCCUUAUCCGACGUAAAGGUGUCUAAGCGUAUACGCUUGGGUAUCUUGCCAACAAUAGAAAGAUUUGCUGAGUUUGUGAGAAACGCGGAGACAAUUUUUGAAGGUGCUGAAAGAAGGACAGAUCUCGAAAAAUGGUACGUUCAUUUGUAUCGCUGUGUAUGCGAAGGCAUUGAGAAAGCUGCAUCGAAUCCGAACAGCAAAUCACCUACAUCAGUGGUUCGCUUUGAAAAUUACCAUCAGUUAUACAUGACUCUGUCUGAGCUAAAAAUCCCGUGUUUGGAUGCACAACGUAAAGAUGCGAAGCGGGAAAAAGAAGAGAAUGUCGAUCUCUACGUAAGGGAGUAUAUGGGACGACCUUUAGAAAAAAUUCACGUUUUCUUUGAUGCUGUUCAAAACGCCAUUGAAAUGCGUGGUACGAAACCCGACGAGAUUUCAUAUCAGCCUCAGUUCAGCAGAAUCGAGUUAAAGAAGGUCAUUGCAAUGUAUCCUGGUAAAGAAGUUAAGAAGGGAUUGGAGCAACUUUAUAAAAAGGUGGAAAAACAUUUAAUCGAUCAUUCAUCUCUGUUACAAGUUGUUUGGAGAGAAAUGCAGGAUCAGUUCUUGAAGCAGCUUCAAGGUUACCAACGAUUGAUGAGCAUUUGCUAUCCGGGCUCAAAGAUUGAUCUGGAAGUGAGCGUACAAGACGUUCUUAGCUACUUCUCAGAUAUUGCCCAACAACAUUAA